GUGCAACGCCAGGCAAUUUUAAAUGCCCGUAGUGGGUAGCUUAUACAUUGCUGGCGGUACAUUUGUUUUUAGAUGAACUGCCUUCGAAUAAAAAGAUAAAUAAAGGAGAAAAGCAUUCUGUAUGCGCUAAAAUUGAAAUGGUGCGUUGCAUAUAUGCGCGCUCAAAGCCGGCUGCCGAUAUCCUAGCCGUUAGACAAAAAAGGAGAAUAUACGACAUCACAAAUGUUUUGGAAGGAAUUGGCCUGAUUGAAAAGAAGUCCAAAAACAGCAUUCAGUGGAAGGGUGCGGGACCAGGCUGCAAUACAUUAGAAUUGAGUGAACGGCUGGCAGUGCUGCAGGGUGAACUGGAAGAACUUGAGCAAGUUGAGGCGACUCUUAAUGAGCAUAAGGUCUGGGCUCAGCAGAGCCUGCUCAAUAUUACCGAGGAUGCCUCAAAUGCGGCUCAUGCUCACAUCACCACACGGGCAUUGCGAAGUUGCUUUCCAGACUCAACCUUGCUCAGCCUGCGUGGACCUCGUGACACAUUCAUUCGUGUACCUGACCUGAGGCAGGCUACGGAGAAACAGUACUGGGUUUAUGCGAAGUCUGAACAAGGAGCCAUCAAUGUUCUGCUUAUAGACAAGGAUCCUGUUGACGAAAGUUCACCACCCUUGCAGGUUCCCCAUCAAGAAAAAGCUUCUGAUAUGGCUGAGGCCCCUGCUAAGGCCCCUGCUGAAGCUCCUGCUAAGGCCCCCGCUGAAGUCCCUGCUGAAGCCACUGCGAAGGCCCCCGCUGAAACCCCAGCUGAGGCCUCCACUGAGGCUCCUGCUGAAGCCCCUGCUGAAGCCCCUGCUGAAGCCUCAGCCGAAGCCUCUUCUGCAGUUACGACUGCUUCGAAACAGGACACAGAAAAACCGGUUCCUAUGGAGACUGAAGAUAUCCAAGGCGAGGAAGUGGUGUCAGCUGAGUCGGAGCAGGCUGAGGCUGCCUCUUCAGAGCGGGAUUCCGCAGACGAUGACAAUCCAUCACAUACUAUGCCAAUGACUCGUCGCAAAUCUCGCCAGCAGCAGUCACCUGUCAAACGAAAGCUCAGCGACAGUAAAGCCCCGAAUGGUGCAGCCAAGAAAGCGAAGGAAUCCAUUUUGGAGGCACCAGUGACUCGCAUGACAACUCGCAACUCUCCUCGUAGUUCACCUCGCAAGACUGUGCUAAGUGCCAGUCCUCAGUCAAGCCCGUUGGUUACACGGAGCCAAAGGGCAGCAGCUGCCUCAGUGGGCAAGGUGACCGAGACAUCAGAUCGAACACGCCUUUCUCCCAUUGCAGGAAAUUCAGAAGCAGUUGCUGCAGCUGGAGAAAAAAAUGACACACAGAAGGAUUUGGCAUCUGAAGAGCUCUUUGACUUGAAAGAUAUGAACCUUUCCGACGAUGGUUUCCUAGAAAAUGUGUCUCCAAAUACAUCAUUCUUGUGCCUGAGCCCACCACUUAGCGAGCGGGACUACUUUUUUAACCUCGAUGAAAGUGAAGGCAUCUGUGACCUAUUUGACAUCUUCCCUGUGUGACGGUGACUGUCUUCCUCGUGCUGUUUUUAUUUAUUUUUUUUUUCCAUACUUGACGUCAUUGAGGGGAUGUUGCUUUCUUGUGUGUUAGAUUUUUGUCUCUACAAGUGUGGGUAUGUGUCAACUUGCAAGCUGCCUGUACAUAAGAUUGAGCAUAAUACUGCCACUGGACUUUGCUAGCAUGCACAAAGCUGGCAGAUGGGACAGAUAAUGGCAGAUAUGGUGGAAUGAUAGUGAUGUGCUAAAGCUCCCUAUUGCUCUGUGAAUAAUGCUUAAUGAGUGGCACAUGAGGUGGCUGUCAUAGUAUUCUGUUUGCUUGUUGUCAUUGCACCCAUUGUAUUGAAGAGUAAACCUACAAUGUUGUGGAUAUUUCCCACUUUCAUUGGAGUUUCUACAGUGUACUGCUUUCGAGUUAAUUUUAAUUUUUUUGCAGUUACAUAACAUAGCAUUGUUGUACGACAUUGCACGAUUUCUCUUACUCUCAUAAAUAGAAGUCUCUUGCGUGUUAGUAGAAUCUCGAAGAUGCGGAUCUCAUGGGUCACAUGAAAUGUUUAUAUCAUCAAAACAAGCAAAAUUGUGUGCACUGAUUUGAAACAAUGUUUAAGAGGGUACCACAUAAUUAUACAUGAGGGCUGAACCUUGGAAUUGUCAAGUAGUCAGAAUAAUGUCAUUUAAUGGGGGAAGAAAAUGACAGCUGUCACGGUGUCAGCGCAAAAAGCCUUUAUUGAACUUUUGUUCUGUCUUUUGCCUCAGUGUACAAAUGUCUACUUUACACUUCGCUGUAGCUGGACGUUUCAUGAUCACUCAGUGUACAAUACGAUGCUUCACAUGUCACUGGUUGUGUUUCACUAGGGAGCCAUGGUCAACUCUGGGGAUUCAAUUUGGCAAUUUGUGCCUACAUUCCUUAUUUCACUCAGCGAGUGCAUAGAUGAAACUAGUAAAAAACAGCCCUGCCAGUCGGGUUCGUGCACUUCAUCUCUGGCAUGGUAGCUGUAGUAAAUCACUGAAAAUGCAGUGCAUAAAGAAGUAGCAUUUUCCACCUGAUGCUUGCUAACUUUGAACACAGCAUAUAGGGACUGAGUGCAAAAUGUCAAUGCAUUGCUAAUGCAUUAAUUCCUCUGUACCUUUGCUGUGGGACAAGCUACUGUCAACCAUCUCAGUGAAUGCAUUGUGCACUUUUCUACUCUGCACGUCAAGCUAGCGACUGAAAUUUAUAAAAUUGGUGCUGAGUGGGCCAAGAUUUGUUCACUUAGUAGCCAAAACAACUGAGGAUGUACAAACUAUAAGUAACUCCAUUUGUGGCCAUGGUAUUUUGGACACAGCACUGCCAAAAUACAAAAAAUUUAGUCUGACAGUGUGUGGCAUCCAAGUUUUAAUGUAUGCUCAGUCUGCACAUAUUUCUGGAAGCUUUAAAAUUUGCCUGGUGUGCUCUCUAAACAUUUUUAGUGCCAUUGCACACCACAAACUGGUGAUCAUUUCAGCUGCUCCAUGUUGCCAUUUCUCGUCGCCAUACUGAUUGCGAUCGCUAGCAGCAGCUUUCCUGGCUCAGUGCUUGCUAAUCUUACUGUGGGCGUCAAGCGCAUGUUCAUGUUUGCUGGCGUAACAUUAGUGAUGAUGGCAUAGCUCGAUGCCAAGAGAAGGCAGACUGCAUGGAUUGCAGUUAGGGCAUCAAUGAUGCAUCGAAAACAGGGUGCAGGGAAAAGCAGUGAAGAUCAAUUAAAAGAAAUCGUGGCACCAAGCUGCCAGCCUGGAUAAUCAGUUGAGCUGUGAAGAAUGGCGUUAAUGAGAGGUUCCACACUGCAUUAACAUCAAGUGCCCGGACAACAACAAAGGUCUUACCAGCUUCACAUAAAAGUUUGCUUUCAUAUAGCAAUGGUAUAGCUGUAAAGCAUAGCUCUUGCAUAUACAUCACCCACUGGGGUCAUUAAAGGGGUCAUGAAGCACCCCUUGGGCUUGUUGAAAAAACACAUCCUGCGGAAAGCUGACACGGCUAUGAACUGCUCUGCCAAAUAUUACAGUCGUGCGCGCCGCGUAAUGGCCACAAGCGGAGCGCGAAGUUGCCGUUUCCCCAGGCACCCUCUUUUCAAACAGAGGCCGGUUCUCACUCUCGUCGGUGGGCGGGGCGUCUGUCCGUUUAUGUCGCGGAUCUGUCAGUUUACGUCGCAAGAGACAUAGCAUGCUUAUUGGCCGAUAGCCGACGUAAAUCGAGAGCGGCGUUCGGAUCAGAUGCGCUUCUUGCCGCGGGGUGCCGCCACCUGCCGGCGCCGCACUCCUCAGUACACGGUAGCCGCACUCGCGCAAGCGAAUCACAGCGGGAGAGCGAUCGCGUUUCAUGACGCGCACUGACGUAACUUCUUUCCCCCAUGCCAUCCCUCCCUGUCUAGCUUCCAGUGCGCUCGUCGGCACGAGAAAAGAGAGAAAGCGCUGGGAGCGUGCGCCAAACCCCCGUAACUCCGCUGAUCCUUGACGGAUUCGAGAAAUUUUUGCGGCAAUCGAUUCGGGAGGCAGUACACUCCGAUACUGAGGUCAUUAGAUCAUUACUUGGAAAAGUGGUUCAUGACCCCUUUAAGAGCGUUCAGCUCACCCAAAUUCUACACAUUGCACACAGUGAAAUUGGGCUUAGUGAAAAGUUCCCCAACUGGGUUCUGUGGAAUACAGGCAUUCUGGGAAGGGCAUUUUAGUGUUCCAUGAGUGAGUAGUCAGAAUGAAUGCGAUCCAAUCUCAUUUUACGCCCGUUAACACCGCAUUUUUUUUAUCAUUGAAAGAAGAUAAAGGCCGAAGCACAUGCAGCGUUUUUGCUGGCGUUUUCUGGCGUUGCGUCUCUCGGUGCCGUCAUCAUGUGAACGCCGUGAGGGAGGGCGGCCAACCACAUGAAAAGCGCUGAAACUAGCAACAGCCCAGCUUCGCACAAUGUGACCAGAGAGAACGAACCUGAAACCUCACAAAGCAGUGUGCAGUUUCUGUCAAUGGACUUACCAGAAAUAUUCCUGAAUAUAGCUUUUACGUCUCGUUUGUAAUUUCAUCGUACGAAAAAUGAGACAGUGCCGCCGAAAGCUCUAUUUUUCUUUGUUACUUGUAGCGCCAGCUUUUGAGAUUAACAAGAACCAGAAACUCGUAAUAUAUGACCUCUGAGCUUGAAGUAGCACUCAUUGUAGCACAUCUUUGAGGCCACGUAUUCGGCCAAUAUAGCCAUUCCUUUUGAGCCUACCGACUAACUUGAGUAUGGUUCUCGGAAACAGUGUAAAGAGAUCACAAACGCUUUGCUGUCGAAGUUUCUAAUGAUAAAGCUGAAUCAAAUACAAGCAUAAGCUGAGAACUAGCAUGCCACAGUGCACAGCGGCGACUUAAUAGAUCCAAGACGGGCAGCAGCCAUUUCGGCAGCAGCAACGACGCCGUUACAUAGGCGAAAGUCGCUGCCAGCCGCACGCUGAUUGGUUCUCCAUCCAUCGAACUGCCUUCGGCGUUGGCACCAACGCUUCCUAUGUCUGGAGCAAUCUGAGGUGGAUGUUUUGGCCAGCAUCACCGGUAACAUCGACGCCAAGUCAUGCCAGGGAACGAAACGCAAGAUGAACGCCAGCAGAAACGCUGUAUGUGGUUCAGCCUUGAGGCAUGCAGUUCUGAAUGAC